GCGGCACCGCGCUGCGCGGCGAAGAUGGCGGCCUCCGGCUGGGUGCGCGCCACCGUGGUCCUUCUCUGUGCCUCUGAUCUGCUGCUGCUCCUGCUGCCGCCGUCGCGGGCCUUCGCCUCUGAGGGCCCGGCCGAGACGCCCGGCGAGGCCACCCCGCCUCCCCGGAAGAAGAAGAAGGAUAUUCGCGACUACAAUGACGCUGACAUGGCUCGUCUUCUGGAACAGUGGGAGAAAGAUGACGACAUAGAAGAAGGAGAUCUCCCAGAGCACAAAAGGCCCUCUGCGCCUAUAGACUUCUCCCAGAUAGACCCGGGCAAGCCUGAGAGCCUGUUGAAGAUGACAAAGAAGGGCAAGACUCUCAUGAUGUUUGUCACAGUGUCAGGAAGCCCCACGGAGAAGGAGACGGAGGAGAUCACGAGCCUCUGGCAGGGCAGUCUGUUCAACGCCAACUACGACGUCCAGAGGUUCAUCGUGGGGUCAGACCGUGCCAUCUUCAUGCUGCGUGACGGCAGCUACGCCUGGGAGAUCAAGGACUUCUUGGUCAGUCAAGACAGGUGUGCUGAUGUAACUCUGGAAGGACAGGUGUACCCUGGCAAAGGAGGAGGAAGCAAAGAGAAAAAUAAAACCAAGCAAGAGAAAGGCAAAAAGAAGAAGGAAGCAGAGCCAAAAUCUCGGGCUUCGAAGGAAAAUAAUCGAGCUGGGAGUAAAAGAGAAGAGCUGUAAUGGGGCAGCCUCGGGCCCUGCAUAGAGCUCAGCCUGGGCACGUGGGGCCAGGGCGGGCGUGGGAAACCACAUACUGAUGGAGUGCUAGUCUCUGCUGGAAAGGUCUGCCACAUGACCAGUUUCUGAUCAGUGUAAGAGUUACUGUUUAAAAGGCUUCAAGUAAGAAGACAGAGGUUUUAUAAUUAACAUGGGACACUGACAAAUUCACGUUUACUAUAAAAUCACUGAACGGAAA